GCUGGGCCACGCAGAGCCGGCCCAGCGAGCCCUCCCAACCCGCGCUGGGGAGGAGAGAAGCAGCGCCUCCUCGCUCACAUCCCCGACAGCCCGAGUUCGGACGGGCCUGGUAGCCAGGGGCCUGAGAGCAGAUCUCUCCGACGAGGGCUGGCCCUUGGGCAGGCGCCUUCGGCAGCGGGACCAGGCAGGCCACCAUGACGGAGAACACCACGUCCGCCCCUGCGGCCAAGCCCAAGCGGGCCAAGGCCUCCAAGAAGUCCAUAGAUCACCCCAAGUAUUCAGACAUGAUCGUGGCUGCCAUCCAAGCCGAGAAAAACCGUGCUGGCUCCUCACGUCAGUCCAUCCAGAAGUACAUCAAGAGCCACUACAAGGUGGGUGAGAACGCCGACUCCCAGAUCAAGUUGUCCAUUAAGCGCCUGGUGACCACCGGUGUCCUCAAGCAAACCAAAGGGGUGGGUGCGUCAGGGUCCUUCCGGCUGGCCAAGAGCGACGAGCCCAAGAGGGCAGUGGCCUUCAAGAAGACCAAGAAGGAGGUCAAGAAGGUGGCCACGCCAAAGAAGGCAGCCAAGCCUAAGAAGGCUGCCUCCAAAGCACCAAGCAAAAAACCUAAAGCCACCCCGGUUAAGAAGGCCAAGAAGAAGCCGGCUGCCACGCCCAAGAAAGCCAAAAAGCCCAAGGUUGUCAAGGCCAAGCCAGUCAAAGCAUCCAAGCCCAAGAAGGCCAAGCCAGUGAAGCCCAAAGCCAAGUCCAGUGCCAGGAGGGCCAGCAAGAAGAAGUGACAAGGAAGCCCUUUUUUACGGACACUCCUCUCUUACUUUCUGUAAAUACUUUUUCCUUCUUUCUUGAUUCCCUCCAACCUUUUGCUCCAUUUAUCCUGACUUUAUAAGAGACAGACUUUGGAUUCCUCAGAAAUUGUGGAAUGAUUGCUUUUUCCUUCACCGGUUGUGCAAGGACAACAACAAAUCUCAUCUCUGUAAUGAUGAGGAUGUACUUACAUUUUUUGUUGAUUUGCUAUUAACCUUUCGGGGUUUGGGCGGGUUGUGUGGGGGGGUUGCUAUGAAGGUAGGUGGGGAAGGAGAGGA